ACCAUGGAUAGAAUGGAUUCUGCGACAAUGGCGAAACUGUCUUCUAAGGCGGUGCAAGUGGCACUGAAACGAACAAACACGAUGGAUGGUGGUGAUAGUUUCAUUCGCCUGGAGCAACGAGUACUAUUAUGUCUUACACUAUAGCGAACAUGGACAUGUAUCAAUAUAAAGAGUUGCCAUGGCCACCCCGGACUAGGUUCUGCUAUUAUCAAUCAACACUUACUCACAAUCCACUUGAACAAGGCAUAUCACCACCAUCGAACAAGAAGAAGUUUAUCCAAAGCCAUUCACAUCAUUGAACUUACUUUGUGAACAAGCUUCUCACGACAAAGAACACGCGUGACUCACAGCCUCAACUCAAACCUUCAACCCAACUAGACACUCAUAAAGUCACCAGACACUUAUAAAAUCACCUUCCGCGACAUGCCUCACGCUGCUUCACCUUCAUCACCAAAAAUGUUCAGCCGUAUCAAGGAUAAGUUCUCAACCAAAAGGUCCUCCUCCACCGAGAAUCACACUCAUCUUGACAUGGGCAACUCAAACUCGAACACCAAGAACAACCACAACAACCCCUUCCUCGAUGCUCCCGAGGAGGCUCCUCCUACUUAUGAGUCCACCCAAAAGACAGCUCCUCUUCUCGGUGUUCCUCGGCGUGCAGUUUCACCAGCUCCUAGCAUGUCGAGCAUCACCAGUGCCGAAGAUAAAUAUGCAUUCCUCUCUACGUUCGAUACCAUCUUUGUCAUUGACGACUCUGGAUCCAUGGCUGGUCGAUCGUGGAGGGAGGUUCGAGAGGCGCUAAGCACUAUUGCCCCGAUCUGUACUUCUCAUGACCCCGAUGGUAUUGAUGUCUAUUUCCUGAACCAUCGAUCGCAAGCCGCCGGGACUGGAGUUCAAGCACCCGGAGGAUAUUUCCAGAUCCGUGAUGCCAACCAAGUCCAGCGUCUGUUCGAGUCGGUCCGUCCUCGCGGAGCAACACCAACUGGCUCUCGUCUUCACAGCAUUCUCAAGCCCUACGUCGCCCAUCUCUCCCGUCGUGCGGCCAACAUCGACUCGACCAAGCCAGUCAACAUCAUCGUCAUCACCGACGGAUGUCCUACGGACGACCCAGAGAGCAUCAUCGUUCACCACGCCAGGAAGCUUGACCAGAUCGAGGCUCCUCCUCAUCAAGUUGGCAUCCAGUUCUUCCAAGUUGGCAACGAACUUGGUGCCACUAAGGCUCUGCGUGAACUCGAUGAUGAUCUCGCUGACCAGGGUAUUCGCGAUAUGGUUGAUACAGCAACUUGGAAUUCCACCACUUCGGACAACAGUAAGGCUUUGACCGCAGAUGGAAUUCUCAAGGUUGUCCUUGGUGCUGUUGUGCGACGCUUGGAUCGCAAGUCUGGGCGUAGCUCUCCUCAGGGCCGUCGCCACUAAACACUCACUUCAUAAUAGCUCCUGGUUUUUGGGGGUUACGAUUCCUUUCCUCUAUUGUACUAUUAUUAUGGUGGUGGUAUUCUGCUUUUCAUUUAUACCAGGAGUUCGGUCGGGGCCUCCUAUAGAUUAUCUUAGACAAGAUGGUCUCACAGGCCAACAAGACUGGGAUGACUCUCACGAGCACGCCAGAUCACAAUUAGUUUCGCUAUUUCAAUGCGUCAAAAUCAAUUAUUACCCCUAAAAUCAAUCGCAUCUACAUCUGCUUUGAAUGUAUCUGCCUCAUUUCCUCUUUGAGACCGC